UUUUUAGGUUAUAAUCCAAUCAGAAUCGAUUAAGCAAGCUGGAAACAUGUCUGUGAACACGAUCUUAUUGGAUUUAUCCGUCGACCAGACGAUUCUCCAGUCGCAGAACGACAAACAAUUAUUCUUGGUUACGGCCGAAACGAUCCUGAGCAAACACCUGCCGAAUUUGACCCGUCUCAUAGCCACCGACUCCGGCGAAUGGGUCCUGCGGUUCUAUCAGAUCAACGAGAAUGCAACGGUCGCGAUCAGGAUCUAUCGCAACGGUUUCGUUACGAUCAACAUUGAGUUUUACACCCCCGAGGAUCAGGAGCCGAUCAUCAGUUUUAAUAAGUGCAAAGAGAUCGAACGGGAGCUGAGGAUCCAGGUGGCUGCGUCGCAACGCAGCCAAACGGUGCCGCCGCUGAAGAGAUGCCAUUUCGACCGGUACUUCCCCACGUCAGAUGAAAGAUUGAUUGAAUACGACAUAGAUAAAGUGGUGUUCGAAGAACAAUCCCCGUUCCAAAAGGUGCAAAUCGUUCAUUCGCAAACCCUGGGCAACAUGCUGGUACUGGACGACUUACAAAAUAUCGCCGAGGCAGAUCUAAUUUACACCGAAACGCUAAUGCAAAGGGGCAAGGAGAAUUACGAGGACAAAGAAGUGGUGAUUUUGGGCGGUGGGGACGGCGCCCUACUCUACGAAUUGUUGAAGGAGAAUCCCAGGGAAGUGAUCAUGUUGGAAAUCGACGAAGUGGUCAUGAAAGCUUGUGCGAAAUACAUGCGAUCCAUUUGCAGCAGCGUUUUGGACGACUACAAUGGUCCCAACUACAAAAUUGUCGUCGGUGACUGUAUGAAAAUGCUAGACCAAUACAUUGAAGAGGGCAGGAAAUUCGAUUAUGUUUUUGGUGAUUUGACUGAUGUUCCUAUAUCAGAGGACUCCUCGAGUGAAUUGUGGUCUUUUAUUGGCGUUAUACUUGAGAAAUCUUUUAAAGUACUGAAGCCUGGUGGAAAAUUCAUGACACAUAUCAUCGGUUCAGUCAUGAAAGACACAAUAAAACAAUAUCAGGAAGCUUUAGAUAAACUUCAACCACCAGUCGAGUAUACAAUGUCCAGUGCUUUUGUUCCAUCAUUCCUCGAAUCUUGGGAGUUCUGUCAAGUCUCCUUGAAACAAUAGCAUUACUAUAUAUUUUUCCACGGAUUGUUUAAACAAAUCAAAUCGAUUAUAUCAAUUAUUAGUAUAUUAAUAGGUCUCAAAUUGAAUUUGUACAGAUUGUUUUGUAUUGUACAUGUUCUAGUCCAUGUUUUACGUGUAUUAUUUUCUAUGAGUACAACAGAUAGUAUUUUAGUUCCUAUUGUUACCAAAUAAAUCAAAACAAGUAUUAA